GGGCUCUUCAACAGCCACGUCAGAAAUUUCUUGUAGAAAACAACAGAAAAUCGGCUCUGAAAAACGCGCAGGAGAUUCUCUGUUAAAUUAAGGUUUCUGUGUUAAAUUAGCAGUUCAGACCAACCGUUGGGCACUCCGGAACCGAACACGCAACGAAAUUAUGGAUUCGAUGGUGCGGUACGUGUCGCCGGUAAACCCGGCCGUCUUUCCUCAUCUGGCCAGUGUGCUGCUGCUGUUCGGAACCUUCUUCACGGCCUGGUUCUUCGUGUUUGAGGUCUCGCGCCCCAAACAGCCUUCCAAGGAGAGCGUCAUCUUCAAGGAGCUGCUGAUCAGCCUGUUUGCCUCGUUGUUUUUGGGUUUCGGUGUCCUGUUUCUGCUCCUCUCCGUUGGCUUGUACGUGUAACGAGCUAAGGAAGAGGUGGACAAGUGGAUUCUUUUCACAUUCUUCUCUCAUAACAUUCUCCUAAACACAUUGCACACGGGAGCUCUCAGCAAACCCACACAAAACGGUCUGCCCGAGUCACAGAAAAUGUGAACCCUUCUUCUACGGAGAAGAGCACAUCGCAACAGCAAGCCGGUGUCCAUGGAAACUAAUUGAAUAUUAUGUGAACUUAUAGCUCGUAAGCGAAUUGUCGUAAGAAAUACAAAAACCUCAAACCAA